AUAAUUAUUCUCUUUGUUUUCCUGGGCACUGAUGCUUGGUCAUCCUUUGCUAUCUCCAAAAUAAUUGCAAAUACUUGCUUAUAUUAUUCAGUGAUCCUGCUUUUAAUGCCAAAAUCGAACUUGCCAGUUUUCGAACCAGUGUGCUUUGUUCUUAUAUAUUCAGAGUAUAGUUGAUUUAUUUAUUGAAUUCAUCCAGACGAAAUGGAGAAGGAAACAAAGUACAGCAAAGUGAGUCGGGAUGAGGAAGACAUUCCCCGAAUGCCGAAUUAUGAUGCUAGGCCUACUACUAUCGCCACUGCCGGUGAUGUUGAUAAACCAGCACAACCCAAGCUGAAUGAACGUGGGACUUGGUCCGGAAAACUCGAUUUCGUUCUUGCAUUAAUUGGGUUUUCUGUUGGACUUGGAAAUGUAUGGCGGUUUCCAUAUUUAUGUUACAAAAACGGUGGAGGUGCAUUCCUCAUACCAUAUUUCCUAUGUCUGUUGCUUGGUGGUAUACCUCUGGUCAUAAUGGAGGUAGCCAUGGGCCAGUAUACCUCUCAAGGCGGUAUUACCUGUUGGGCUAUCUGCCCCAUCUUCAAAGGUAUUGGUGUGGCCAGUAUUGUCAUCAUACAAUUUCUCAAUUACUACUAUAACAUUAUCUUAGCCUGGGCUAUCUUUUACAUGUUCAAGUCGUUUACACAAGUGUUACCUUGGUCCCACUGUGACAACUCUUGGAACACAGCACACUGCGCCAAUUUCACCUUCAUCGCCGAUGUCCGUAAACAGAACAAUUCUCAGAUUGAAAUUGAUGGCAUGAAUUAUACGAUUGUUGACGGCAAAGUAAAUGGUACUAAAUUGGUCCCGGCGGUCAUAGAAUUCUGGGAACGUAAAGUUUUGAAGAUUCAUCUGUCUGAUGGGUUUAAUGAUCUUGCUGGAUUGAACUGGGAAAUGGUUGGUUGUCUCUUCCUUGCCUGGGUUAUCAUCUACUUCUGCAUCUGGAAGGGUGUCAAGAGCACCGGAAAGGUGGUGUACUUUACCGCAACCUUUCCCUACGUCCUUCUCACAAUCCUGAUGAUCCGUGCUGUCACUCUAGAGGGCGCUCGUGAGGGACUGAUAUUCUACCUUAAACCCAAUAUGACUAGGCUGGAAGACUCACAGGUAUGGAUGGAUGCUGCUACACAAGUCUUUUUCUCGUACUCGAUCGGGCUCGGAACCUGGUGUGCACUCAGCAGUUUCAAUAAGUUCCAUCAUAAUUUCUGGAGAGAUUGUAUCAUUUUCAUCGGGGUGAACAGUGGCACGAGUAUUUACGCUGGUAUUGUAAUUUUCUCCGUAAUUGGGUUCAUGUCGGUGACGCAGGGUGUUCCGAUUGAUGAAGUUGCACGAUCAGGUCCAGGAUUGGCCUUCGUUGCCUACCCUGAAGGUAUUGCCCAGAUGCCAGUUGCCCCUCUCUGGUCCGUUAUGUUCUUCUUUAUGGUACUACUUCUUGGAAUCGACAGUCAGUUCGUCGGCGUGGAAGGACUUGUAACAGCUAUUGUUGAUCUGUUCCCCAACUACCUUCGACGUGGUUAUAGGAAAGAGCUAUUCAUUUUGGGGGUUUGCAUCUGGUCUUUCUGCAUUGGUUUGACCAUGGUCUCUUACGGAGGAAUGUACGUCUUUCAGCUCUUUGAUUAUUACUCUGCCAGUGGUUCUGCUCUUCUCUGGAUUGCAUUCUUUGAAGCCAUUGCUAUCGGUUGGGUUUAUGGUCCUAAUAAUUUCUUGGAUCACUUCGAGGAAAUGCUUGGAUUUAGGGUCAAGGGUUACUGGAUUCGUAUUUGUUGGGUGUUCUGCACACCUGCUUUCGCUAUCGCCAUCUUCUUGUUCAGCUUGAUCAAGUACACACCUCUUGAGUACACCUCAUUCCAUGAAACAUACACUUAUCCUACUGGAGGCUAUGUGUUCGGCUGGAUGCUGGCAAUCACCUCUAUGCUCAUGGUACCUAUCAUUGCCGGCAUCCAGUUUUAUCAGGCUGAAGGAACAUUUUAUGAGCGUUGGGAAUACGUAACAAAAUCAAGACUGCCACCUAGAGAAAAGAGCCAGGAGAUCUUUGGGCUGGAGAACCGAAUCGAGAAGGGCGAUGCGCCAAUAUCAAUCAUACCCCAGCUAUCAAAUGCCGGUAACAUCACGCCACCACCAUCAUAUCCCGAGGCUAUGCCAUACAUGCCGGCCAUAACAAUGUGGCUGUAAACGCCAACAGUGAAAUUUUAUGAGAUGGAAUGUGAUGCGUCAAACGCUGUCUAAAUCUGGAGAAUCGGAUAUGGAAGCACAGACCACAGAUGCUUUCCCCAGGAAAUUAACAUUCUUUGCUGUAGCACGUACCUUGUCUGUAGCCAACUGGCAGUUGUCAGCAUAGCGAUUUUUUGCUUGAAUUUCAUCAGCGUAGCAAGUAAUAUCCUAUCCAAUGCAACUUAUCCCAUUGUUUUCGUGGUAAUGGGGUGUAAAUGGACUAUUUAAGAAUUUCUUUGACUGUAUGAAUUUUUUAGUAGAGUGAUACUCAAUAUAAAUUGUCUCACCGAGUACUACAACUUAAACAACUGCCAACAUUUUGUAGUUAAAUCCAAAAAAGGGAUUUUGUCUUAAUGUUUAUGCAAAUCAAUCUGUCUCAAAUCAAUCUCUCAAAUUAUGUAUCAAAACUGCCAUUUUGAAUUACAAUACUAUUCUAAAAUUUAAUUUCAGUGGUAUGUAAGUUAGGAAUAACAUUGGAAACGGUAUGUUUGUAAGCUUUAGGCUACACAUACGCAUGUGUACUCGCUCUUCAUUUGCCUUCCGAAGAUUAUUGUAGGACGUUGGAAAUGCUACUGAAAAUGGGAUUUAUGGUCUUUGAAGCAUUUUCAAGCCUUGAUAUGUGCUUCUUUAGCCAUUUCUGGGCUUUCCUGAAGCAAAUUCUGAGCCUAGGUAAAAGGUUUCCUUAGGAUUAUGAAAGCGUUAAGGAAUGGUACUUAUGAAGGAUUAUUGUAGCAUUUAGUGUUGAUAGCUAAUCUCCUCAAUUCAUUCCUGAUCCAAGUUAAAUCUGUCUGAGGAUUAUGGUAGUUCUGAAUAUGGUACUGAUGAAUAAAUCACCUCCAAGCGAUUUCUGAGCCAUGCUAACCUUCUUAUUGGGGAUUAGUGUAUUAAGAAUUGUGCUGAUGGUGGGAUUAUUUCUACUUUAUCCAUUUCUGAUCCAAGUUAAAUCUGUCUGAGGUUUGUGGUAGUUCAGAAUAUGGUACUGAUGAAUGGAUUAUUUCUCCAUCAAGUGAUUUCAAAGCCAUGAUAUUAUCCUUCUUAAUCUUAUAAAUGAUUAAUGUGUUAGGAAUUGUGCUGAUGAUGGGAUUAUUUCUUCCGAAGCCUUUUCUGAGCUAAGAUAAACCUCAUACAUUUAAACAACAUAUAGUUGGUUGAUAUAUAUAUAUGCAAAUGAGAGCAGGUGUAAAAUUUGAAUUGAUAUGUGAUUAGUUAUCAAUUGGUCAGACACACAGCUUAACAUAUGUAAAUAUAGCUUACUGUUUAGAAUUAGUUACACAAGGAGCAAAUAAUUAUGUAGAUUAUCAUCUGACCAGCACAUUAUGGAGUGAAAUAAUAACAACACGAAAUCUUCAUAUUAGGUAAAAAGGGUGACUGAUUAUCUAUUUUAGCCCGGAACAUCAAAUUUAUUAUAAUACCAUGUUUGAUACUGUCUAGAAUGUAUAUUCUAUUAAAACAGGGUUUACUCUAUAAAAUUUAAUUUACAUCAAAGUACUGAAUCUGUUGUUUUAUAUAAUACUAUUUUUGCUUAAAAUUCUACGAUGAUUUUGUUGAGUGGAUUCUUGCAAUAUUUGUUACAUAAAAAUGAUUGUUACUUUAGAGAUUUUGUUCCAAUUUGUUUUUGUUUAGGAUGUAGAAACUGCCUUACACUUUCAGAUUGUAUAUAGUAUAGCACAUCGGUAGAUUGUAUGAGAUUGCUGACAUGAUUCUCUGUAGUUUUUGUUAAGUAAUUUAUGUGUUAUUGGUUUCUUUUUCUAUCCUGAUUUAAAAUCAGUUGUUUUUGAAAUCUAUUUUCAACUUCUCCUUUUUAAUAAUAUACAUGCUCCUAUUUAAGACGGUGUAAUAAUAUAUUUGGCAGUGUUUUGUCAGAAGCAUUUUUAAUGCCUUUAUUUGUAAGUAAAUUUGAAUAGACAAAAUCUAGUUUGUAUAUUUUGUGAUGUGGUGUUUCUAGAUAGAUGUACUGUAAUCUAUUCUAACCAGUGUUUCUCACACUUAAAUCAAGGGGCUACAGAUGGGUUUCAUGUUGGACUAAAAAACUCCUUUGAUUUGUAACUCAAAAUUAAUAAUGAUAAAUAAUGAUUUGGUGAUUUUUAUAAACUCCAUUUACAAUCUAGCCUAGACAGGUGGUGUAGUGUAUAUACUAGAGCUAAUGUUGUACCUACUGUUAAUAUAUUUGGGAUGUGGGCCCUUUCGGGGAAAUUCAUACAUAUCCUCAUGAUUAUGUUAGUAUUUUGAAAAUGUUCACUCAUUGUAAUUCUCCACUAUUGCACUCCUAUUUGAGGGCACUACAUAGUUAAUAGUUUAGGAAUAUAUUGAGCAGAAUACUUACGUAAUAUUAAAGAUAUUUAUAGCAAAUAAAUAAAAAAUAUGUGGACGUUUAUUCUCCCGAAUAAUUCUUAAAUGCGGUAUUAACAAGAAAAUCAGGCAUGUUCUCGAAUAGUGUAAUUCGAUGAUCAGUGAUUACUCAUAUUUGAAAAGAUAUGAUAAUGAUACUAGUACUAGAUGUAAGGUACCAUCUGUAUGUGUUGUGUGUGUUACAGUAUAUUAGUUCAAAUUUUAAGCAUUUUUUCAUGUUAUAAACACCCAACAGCUGUACGCCUGCCGUGUGUAUGGUACCUUCCACGAAAUUUGCCAGUAAUUUUAUAUUAUCGAUGCGUGCAGCACCAUGCAUACCCAAACGAUCCUCCCAAUCACAAUUAACGCCCUCUGCGUUGGGUGUAGGUACCUUGAUUCAAAUAUAACGCAGCUACACUAGUGGCCUUAUACUGUAUAUGUACUUCUAUAUUGUUUGUAGCGAUGGUCUAUUGAAUUGCAGAGUUUCAAUCUCAUAGUUUCAGUCAUAGUAAUAUACUACUUUACUUCCAUUUUAAUCUGUAUACUGGGAAUCCAUAUUAAACGGAGCACACACUGCGGGGCAAUCGGUGAAUACAUUCCACUCUGUGCGAGUGCUUGGUGAUGCAAUGCCCUGCUCUGGUUGUCAGCAAUCUGAGUGGUUCAUCAUUAAAAAGUGGUUGCAUGUGCCUUGUCGUGUUGUGUUUGCAAUUGAAUCGCAAUGUGUGCUUGGAAGAUGGAUAUAUAAAUGCUAAGAUCCUGAACUACUGUUUUUAGAAGAUAUUUUAGAACUAUAUAUAUUAAUUUUAAUUUGAAUUGAUAACACUUAAUGGUCCAUACAUACAAAACUUCAUUGAUAUUUUUGUAACGGUACAUUAUAUAAAAAGCGAUAGUUAUUUUAUAAUGAUUCAGAUAAGAUUAUGUAUUUACAUUGUAAAAUUCCAUAAAGCUUUGCCUACACUAUCAAAUUUCAUCAAAAAAGCAUCACAUAAAAUGUGAUGGAACAUAAAAUUGAACUUUUUUUGAUGCAAUUUGAUAAUAUGUGAUAUGACAUCAUCGUACCCAUAUAUGGGCACAUCACAUUGUUUUGUCACAUAAAAUUUGAUAGUUUAGAUAAAGCUUUAGUCAUCUCAUUAGUUAUACACAGGAUUAUUGUUUUUAUACGAUCAAAUAUUACCUUGUUUUUUUUACCUUUCAAUAUUUUUUCCCUGUAAGUUUGAUUAAUUCUAGUUGUGAUAAUGUGUUGUAUACUCAACGGAGCACAGGGUUUCAAUGCUUGUGGACCAUAGCCGCUUAAUCCCUAUAUUGAAUAAAAUAGUUCAAUGUCAAAGCUA